GAGAGAGACAGAGAGAGAGGUCAAACAAUGACAACAAAGAAAGUGAGAGAAAACUAGAAUUUCAAAGAUCUUUCGUCUCUCUCUUUCACUUUCUUAAAAGAUUUAUUUUUAAACGUAGUUUCAUGCAGAAGCAGAAUCUCGUCCCGUAAUAAUCUAAACUGUUCAUACGUAAUUGUUCUUUCACACUCCCAAGACUGAGGAUUAUUCUUUUAAUCAAAGGCUUGGGACAUAUAAUGUUGGUGAUGGUUAAGGCAUAGUGAUGGCAGCAUUUCCAUUAAACGUUAUCUCCAUGGUUGAAAAUGUUCUUCAUAAGUAUGACGAAAGAUUAGACCAAAGAUUAGACGAAAGAUUAAGCGACACUCACUUCGCAUCAAGGAAGGCCAAAGAAGCUUCCUUAAGAAGAAAUGAAGCUGCCAAGUGGCUGCGAAAUAUGGUUGGAACGGUUGGUGGUAGGGACUUGCCGGCUGAGCCUUCCGAAGAAGAUUUCAUGGCUGCGUUGCGCAAUGGGAUCAUCCUCUGCAGUGCUCUUAACAAAAUCCAACCUGGUGCCGUACCCAAGGUGGUUGAAGCCCCCAGUGAUGCUGAUGUUCUUCCUGAUGGGAAAGCACUAUCUGUGUAUCAAUACUUUGAAAAUGUGAGGAACUUUCUUGUUGCUCUUGAGAGAUUGGGGCUUCCCACUUUUGAAACUUCUGAUUUGGAACAGGGAGGGAUAUCUUCUAGGGUAGUAAAUUGUAUUCUAGCACUCAAGUCAUACAAUGAAGGGAAAUUGAUAACCAAUGGUUUAUGGAGAUAUGGUGGGAAUGUAAGAGCUUCUAAUCUUAUUAAACCAGUUAUGAGUAAGGACCCAGAACCACUCAAGGAGUCUUUCUCAAGUGCCAAUAGUGAUCCUAGCCACGAGCACUGCGAAGAGGAUCCCAUGUCUUCCUUGAAUACACUAGUUCAUGAAUUCUUUCGCGAUAAGAAGCAAGAAGAUAUUCCCGCGUUGAUUGAGUCCUUUCUUGGCAAAGUCAUGGAGGAGUUUCAAAAUCGCAUGCUAAUCCAACAAGAAACGAACAAAAUAACUCAAGAAUAUAAGCCAUCAUCUGAAGCACAUAAUUCGGGUUUAAAGCCUGCUUCUGAUGACGAAGAGAUGGUUGACAAUGAAGAUGUGGAGGCUAAACAAGAGAAAUGUGAUAAUGUGAAGUACAAUGCCGGUGAAGAACGAAGCAGCAAGCAUUUGAAGCAGCUAGAGUUAGAUCAACAGCGAAAGGAAAGUAGCGAGUUUCCCAAGCAACAAGAUUUAGUUGAACAGGAAAAUGAAAAAAACAAGAUUUUGAAGCAGCAACUUUUAGCUCAAAUUGAAAACAAAAGAAGUGAGCUUUUGAAGCAGCAACAAUUAAUUCAACAGGAAAACGAAAGAAGCAUGCUUUUGAAGCAACAAGAGUUGGCUCAACUAGAAAACAAAAGAAACGAUCUUUUGAAGCAGCAACAACUAGUUCAACAAGAAAGUGAAAGAAGUGAGGUUUGGAAGCAACAGCAGUUAGCUCAACUGGAAAAUGAAAGAGUCGAACUUACGAAGCAACAACAGAUAGUUCAACAGGAAAAAGAAAGAAGCGAGCUUCUGAAGCAGCAACAAUUAGCUCAACUGGAAAAUGAAAGAAUGCAGCUUUUGGAGGAACAUCAGUUAGUUCAACAACAGAAAAAUGAAAGAAUCAACCUUUUGAAGCAGCAACUAUUAUCUCAACAGGAAAAGGAAAGAAUCCAACUUCUGAAGCAGCAACAGUUAGUUGAACAGCAUAAGGAAAGCAUUCAGGAGUUGAAAAGUAUGGUAUAUCAAACAAAAACAGGAAUGGAAUUUCUGCAAAAGAAACACCAGGAAGAGAUAAUUCAUCUAGGUAAGCAGCUGCAUAGCAUAGCUUCUGCUGCUUCAGGAUAUCAGCGAAUUCUUGAAGAAAACCGCAAGCUAUACAAUCAAGUGCAAGACCUAAAAGGAAAUAUCAGGGUAUACUGCAGAGUUAGGCCUUGCCAUCAUAAUCAAACCAGUGUGAGUAACAUAGAUGAAGGUAGCAUCUCACUCAUAAUACCUUCCAAGAAUGGGAAAGAUGGGAAGAAGACAUUUACUUUCAAUAGAUGUUUCGGUCCUAAUGUGACUCAAGCGGAGGUUUUUGCCGAUACUCAACCUCUGAUACGUUCAGUUCUGGAUGGCUACAAUGUCUGCAUAUUCGCCUACGGUCAGACAGGUUCAGGAAAAACACACACAAUGUCUGGACCAAACAAUCCCACUGAAGAAACAGUAGGUGUUAACUACCGGGCGCUUCGAGAUCUUUUCCUUAUCUCAGAACAAAGGAAAGACACCAUUCACUAUGACAUCAGAGUUCAAAUGCUUGAGAUCUAUAAUGAGACAGUUAGAGACCUCCUAUCAACAGAUGGUGUUCAAAAAAGAUUAGAAAUCCGUAACAGUUCUCUGAAUGGGAUUAACGUGCCAGAUGCAAAUCUUGUUCCGGUUCAAUCGACUGCAGAUGUCUUAAGUCUAAUGGACCUGGGAUUUAAGAAUCGCGCUGUUAGUGCUACUGCGAUGAAUGAUCGCAGUAGUCGUUCUCACAGCUGCCUUACAGUUCAUGUUCAUGGAAAGGACCUUACCUCCGGAAAAACAAUUCGUGGUUCUAUUCAUUUAGUUGACCUGGCUGGAAGUGAAAGGGUUGAUAAAUCUGAGGUCACAGGAGACAGACUGAAGGAGGCUCAACAUAUCAACAAGUCACUUGCUGCUUUGGGAGAUGUUAUAUCUUCUCUUGCCCAAAAGCAACAACAUAUUCCAUACAGGAACAGUAAACUUACUCAGCUACUUCAAGAUUCUCUAGGAGGGCAAGCAAAAACUCUAAUGUUUGUUCAUAUUGCUCCGGAGCAAGAUGCUCUUGUAGAAUCAAUUAGUACGUUGAAGUUCGCCGAAAGGGUAUCCACUAUUGAACUUGGUGCUGCCAAAGUUAACAAAGAUAGUGCAGAUGUGAAAGAGCUUAAAGAACAGAUUGCUAAUUUGAAGGCAGCCUUAGCACAGAAGGAUGAAGAAGCAGAACAGUUUCAACAUCCUCCAAGUAGCAAGUCUGAUUUGCCAGUGUUGAAAUCUCAAUUGUCUUCUACUACAGUUAGUUCUAAGUCCGGAAGUCGCAAGAUACCCAGAGAUGAUUCUGCUAGUAGCUUGGAGGUAUGAAUAUUGUUAAUAAUUUACCAUAACUC